AUGAGCCUGGAAUAUGUCAUUACGCACAGCUUCUUACAAAUUAUUGCGGUGCAACUGAGUUAUCAUGGUGUUUUAUCAGAAGCGUGGAUGGGAUCGAAACAAAAUGACAUAGUGUUUGACAAGUUUGGAAAACCAAGUAUGUUAGCUAAUGGGACAAGUAGUAUUGGCGGUGAGAAUUAUUCCGAUUAUUCCGAAAGAAAGGCUGCAGAUGCGCAUACACGUCUCUUGAAUCAAAUUAAGACAGCUGCACGACCGUUCCAACGACCUGUUCUGAAUUUUCACACACCUACCGAAAUCCAUGUCCGAGCUGCAUUAUACCAAAUUUUUGACUUAGAUCAUCGAAAUAAUAUAGCGACAAUAUCUGGCUAUCUCCAUAUAUGGUGGAUUGAUCCCUCAUUAAGGUGGAAUGCUAGUGAAUUUAAUAAUAUAACAAGAACAUUCAUACCAUCGAAAUGGUUCUGGAAACCUGAGCUAUAUUUAUAUCACAGUAUACAUGGUAAAAUUUUGGAUUAUGCACCGGAUGCAGCGGCAGAAAUUAGUGUCAAUGGUCGUUUGCGAGUUUUUAUUCCUGUUACUGCGCGUGCUCUAUGUCCCAUCAACGUUAAAUAUUUUCCAUUCGAUAUACAGAAUUGUACAUUUGCGUGUGGUUCAUGGUCAUAUCAAUAUGAAUAUGUAAGUUUGAUUGUUGAUCAACGAGAAGUGUUGCUCGACAAUUUUUACGACAGUCAAGAAUGGCUACUAGAAAAUGCUAUUAUACACAAUGGCACAAUGGAAUAUGUCGAGCACGAAUCUUUUUCAACUAUUUAUAUGAUUUUGAUUCUUCGGAGACAGUCGUUUUAUUACGUUUUUAAUUUCGUCUUUCCGACCACUCUGGUAAGUCUUAUAGCGAUCAUUGGUUUUCAUACUCCAUUAAAUGCUAUUAGUCGACACGAAAGUAAAUUUCGUUUGGGAAUCAUAACGUUGCUAAGUAUGUUUGUCAUGCUUUUGUUGCUAGCUGAUGAAAUGAAAUUUGCGCCGGAAUCAAUUCCUGGACAGAGAGGCUCAUUUUGUGAUGUACCUUUGCUUGCUAUAUUUCAUAUGGUACAAAUGGUUAUUAUAAGUAUCGCUACUUGCACCAGUUCAAUGUUUGUUUAUUUAGAGAAGUAUGCAUUACGAAACCAAUACAUUGAGGCAAUUCCAUGGUGGUUACGAUUUCUGUCUGCUAAAAGAUUGUUCUGCUGUUAUGUGCCGAAAAAAUUCCGGAUAGCGGGCAAUGAGGACAUCAAACGAAAUCAUGAUGUUACAACACGUUUUGUAAACAUAACGGAAUGUCACCAAGAGACAGCAAUAUCGGAAGCGGUUGCUGAUGCACCACCAUCUAUAAACACUCAACGGAUCGAGUUACUCGUUAAUUUGAUGAGAGAAUUCAUACAAAUGAAAGAAAAAGCUCAAAGGAGACAUUGCUUACCGGAUUACUGGAAAAGGGUCAUCAGAAGACUGGAGAACAUUUCGCUUACCAUUUGUCUUUUCCUUAUCAUCACCAAUGUUGCCAUGUUUAUGUGCCAUGAGCUUUGGUACUGA